AUGGCAGACUACGACCGGCGACGAAGGGGCGGCGGCGGCGGCGGUGGUGGUGGUGGAGGAGGAGGCCAUUUCAACAACCGCAAAAGAAGAUAUAGAGAGGAUGACUACGAAGAUCGCCGUCCACAGCGACGUCGCUACGAGGAGCCGCUCGCAGCGACUCUACGUAAACAAGUUUUGUCCAUCGCAGAAAGUCCUGUUCGAAGAGCCGAAGACGAAGUUGAAAUUAUCGCAAAGACUCUGGCGGAGAACUACUUUGAUAGCGAUCUCACUUCGGGAUUUCUAGAUCUCGUCGUACAACUCCCUGUCGAACAACCACUCAAGAUUCCGUUCGUCGCGGCCAUUCUGCUUGUAUCAAAUGUCCAGAAACCUGAAUUUACCACCGAAGUCUUGGUCAAAGUCGGAGAAGCCCUGCAAAAACAAAUGAACAAUGGCGCGUGGCGCGAAGUUAAACUGUACCUGCGGCUUCUCGGUUGCCUUCAGGGCAUGUUUGAGGGAGACGGUAUCUUUCCAUUGCUUGAAGAACUCUUCUCCCGCGCAGCCGACUUGCAAAUGAAGUCGUCAGAAGACUCCUUGGGUCUCGAGCUCGUCAAAGUCAUCUUAAUGACGCUUCCUUACACCAUGGCAUCCUCCGCAACGGGCUUCGAGACACAGGCCACUGCUCUGCUAGAGAAGACGGAUAUCAUUGCUUCGACUGCACACCCUCUCGAGUCGUUGGUCGAUCCAUUUCCGAGCCGCGAAGUCGGGGCACCCAGUGGUUCAGAGAGCGCACUUGCGCUUCUUCAGAAACAUAUGCAAGACGAGUCCAGGAAUUCCUGGGAAUUGGCCUGCCUGCCUCGCCCGUGGAAAGGAAACCGGUCACCUGAAGAGGAGGAUCCAUUGACUGGGGCGCAAAAACAUCCCUUCCCCAAUGUUACUGUCCCGGAGACCGUUAAUAACGGCCCUCGACCACUUUUCCCAGAGAUUUACUUCUCCGUCUAUCGGGAACAAGAUAUCGAGACGGUGCCUCCCCUGUCGGAUCCCGCUGCAUUAUUGGUUCGAGACGCCCUAUCCGACACGAUCAACGUCCUCGAUUUCAAUCGAGCGGUAGCCGCCAAAUUUCUGAUCGAUGUCGAUUGUUAUUUUGCUCCGGAUACAUUUGUGAAGAGAGCCACACCAUUUGACAAGUUGAGGGAGGUUGCUGGUGACAAAGCAACCUGGAAGCCUGAGGAUGUCGUUGUGGACGCGGCAUUUUCCCAAUUGCUGCAGUUGCCAGCUCCCGAGCACAAGUUGGUGUACUAUCACUCGGUGCUGACCGAAGCAUGUAAGCUCGCCCCUGCUGCUGUUGCGCCUAGUCUAGGGCGGGCCAUCCGGUUCUUGUACAGGAACGUGGACAAAAUGGAUUUGGAACUCUCUCAACGCUUUUUGGACUGGUUCGCCCAUCAUCUCAGCAAUUUCGGGUUCACGUGGAAGUGGACUGAAUGGGUCGAUGAUGUCAAUUUGCCUGACGUUCACCCAAGAAAAGCAUUUAUUAUCGACGCCUUGGACAAAGAGAUUCGACUGAGCUUCUCGAAACGCAUCAAGGGCACACUUCCAGAGCCAUAUCAAGCCCUGAUCUCGGAGGCCAAGGAAAAGGACGUGCCCGAUUUUAAGUACAACGAUGAAUCCACACCCUUCGCUGCCGAAGGAAAAGAAAUUGCCCAGAUGAUCCGACGAAAAGCGACCAGUGAGGAGUUUGAUUCGAUUCUGGAAAAAAUUGAGCAGGAAGCGGCCGCUUCAGGGUUGUCCGACCCUUCUCUUGCAUCAACAGAUGUUUUCGUCACGUCAAUAUGUUGGGUUGGAUCCAAAUCGUUGUCUCACGCUUUGGCUUGUAUUGAACGGUGCAAGGAGCGUCUGCUGGCGAUAAGCGCUUCCAGCUCCGCUUGCAGAAAACAGAUCAUUACCUCCGUUGUCGAUUACUGGCGGGAUCAACGCGGUGUGGGCGUCAUACUCGUCGACAAAUUACUCAACUACCAAAUCUUGACCCCGGAAAGCGUGGUUGAGUGGGCUCUGAUCGACCACGUCUCACGCGGCACGCUCCUCGCCACCACAUGGUGUUACGAACUUGUCAGCAACACAACUCGCAAAGUUGCCGGGCGGGUUCGAAGCAUUGUGGCUGCAGUUCGCUCGCCUGGCAUCCCAGAAGGUCAGAGGUUAGAGCUCCAGCAAACAUUGACCCGUGAACUUGAGGGCAUGAAGUCGCUUUUCGCCAUGAUUGAAGAUGCAGUUCUCAGCAUCAGGGACGGCAAUCAAGAUGAAAUGAUGGAGAGCUCUGAUGCGUUACGUGCCGAAGAGGAGGAACUGCUGAAGGCGUGGGGAGGGCGAUGGGCAAGGGUAUUUCAACGAAAGUACGCCGUGGAAGAGAGUUGGGUUAGGGAGGAGUUGGCGAAACCCUUGCCGGUGGUGGAAGAGAAGCCUGCAGCGGAUGAGGCGAUGAAGAUCGACGACGACACCGGCGCUAUGAACGGUGCUGGGCAGGUGGUAGGAGCGGGAGAGAACGGGGCAACCGACGCCAUCGACGACAUUUGA